AUGCUAAGGAACUUAGGUCUCUUGGUGGUUUUCCUAUCAGUUCUGGCCAAUUGGUGUCUAGCUGUGGAGGAUAAAGACCAACUAAUCAAAGAUUAUGAAAAAUAUACAAAGCAAAGUUUAUUAUGGGGGCCUUAUAGACCUGGUAACUAUUUGGGUAUAAGACCUCGUAUUCCACAUUCUUUAAUGGCUGGCUUAUUCUGGUUCAAUGCUGAUAAUAUAGAAAACAUUCAUAAUAUUAGACAUGUUUGUGAUCAAGGUCAAGAUUUCAAUGGGUUUGGUUGGAGUCAAUAUGAUCCAAGAAUUGGUGGUAAACAAAUAUUUCAUGAUAAUGAGUUGAAAUUAGAUUUAACAACUGAUUUUAUCAAGAAUAAAGAAGGUAGUUGGGCUAUAAAAGUUAAAGGUGUUCCAAGACCUGGAUAUGAAAAAAAUGCAAACUCAAUUGUAUUUUAUGCAGGUUUAGAAGGUGAAGGUAUGUUAACAUCUGCUGUUGGAGCUCCAUCUGAUGGAUUCAAAAGAGGUGAUCCAAUUAAAUUAAUUGGUCAAUCCGAUGAAUUUCAAGGUUUUGAAAUUGAUAUUAAUGAUGGACCAAAUACAAAUCAACAUAAAUUCUUAAAUAAAAAGCAAAUUGCAGAUCCUGAUUUAAACCCUUCAAGAACUCAUUAUGUAUCAAUGAGGGCUCCAAAUGAUAAUGUAUGGAAGGCUAAAGAUAUCUUUAAUGUCUUGAUUAGUGAAUCUGUUAAUGAAAUUAUUGCAAGAAAUCCAGAUACUAAAAAUAUUCCACAUCCAAGUUCUUUAUUAACAUUACGUAAUUUGAAUGGAUUUGAAGGUAAUUUACAUUUCAUUCAAAAAACAUUUGUUGGUGCUUUUGAAUUUGAUAUUACCUUUAAUUUGGAAGAAUCAUCAAAUAAAAUUGAAGCUGAAGAUCUUGAUUUAUUAAUUAAUCAAACAUUAACAAAAUUUGAUGCAAAAUUUAAUAAAGUCUUAGAUUUGCAACCACCUUUUAAUAAUGCUGAAUAUAAGAAAUUUUCUGAAGAAUUCAUUUCAAAUUUAAUGGGUGGUAUUGGUUAUUUCCAUGGUGAUCAUCUUGUUGAUAGAGAAACUGAAUUUAAUGAGGAAAAAUAUGAACCAAUUCAAUUAGAAGGUAAACCUGAAGGUCCAUUUGAAUUAUUUAGUUCUGUUCCAAGUAGAACUUUUUUCCCAAGAGGAUUUUAUUGGGAUGAAGGUUUCCAAUUGAUCCCAAUUCUUGAAUAUGAUACUGAUUUAGUCUUGGAAAUUUUGAAAAGUUGGUUUAAUUUAAUUGAUGAUGAUGGAUGGAUUGCUAGAGAACAAAUUCUGGGACCUGAAGCAAGAUCUCGUGUUCCAAGUGAAUUUCAAGUUCAAAAUCCAAAUAUUGCAAAUCCACCAACUUUAAUGUUACUAUUUACUGAUUUAUUGAAGAAGGCAAAAGAAACCCAAGAUUCAAAAGAUUUUAGUUUUGGUGAUAUUGAUGAACCUGAAAGAGUUGAUAAAUAUGGUGAUAUUGACUUCACAGAUAUUACAGAUGCUCAUUUAAGAUAUCCAGAAUUAUUGAUUAAUUAUGCUGAAAACAUUUAUCCAAAAUUACAAUCACAUUAUGAAUGGUUCAAAAGAACACAAAAGGGUGAAUUAGAAGAAUUUGAACGUGAACCUUUUUCACCAAAUGAAGCAUAUAGAUGGAAAGGUCGUACUUUCACACAUAAUUUAGCUUCAGGUCUUGAUGAUUAUCCAAGAGCUUUACCGCCUGAUAUUGCUGAAUUGAACGUUGAUUUAAUCUCAUGGGUUGGUACAAUGACUAGAUCAAUGAAACAAAUUGCAGAAUUAUUAGGUAAGACUGAGGAUGCAGCUAAAUAUUCUAAAAUUGAAUAUGACAUUCAAAGAAAUAUCGAAGAUUUACAUUGGUCCAAGAAGGAUAAAACUUAUUGUGAUGUCUCAGUUGAUCAAACUGAUAGAGAUGUAUUUUAUUGUGCUAAAGGUUAUAUUUCAUUAUUCCCAUUCACAUUAAAAUUGAUUGAACCAGGCUCUGAACAUAUUCGUGAUAUUAUUGAGCUUAUAGCUGAUCCUGAAGAAUUGUGGUCUCAGUAUGGUAUUAGAUCUUUAUCUAAAUCAAAUGAAUUUUAUAGAACUCAUGAACAAUAUUGGAGAGGUCCAGUCUGGAUCAAUAUCAAUUAUUUAGUUCUUGAUUCGCUAUUACAUUAUGGUACUGGUGAAAAUGGAGCCAAAUUAGAUCCAGAAACUUGGGAUUUGGCCAAUAAAACAUAUACUGAACUUAGAAGAAAUGUUGUUGAGAAUGUCUACAAACAAUGGAAAUCUACAGGUUUUGCUUAUGAACAAUAUGAUGAUCAAAAUGGUAAGCCUAGGGGUGCUAAACAUUUCUUAGGAUGGACUGGUCUUGUUACUGUGAUGAUGAAGAUGCCAGAAUCCUUAAAAUGA